AUGGUUGCCCGUCCCCGCCGCAAUCCAGACAAUCCAGUGGUCUUCUUCGAUAUCACUCUUGGAGGACAAGAACUAGGGAGGAUCAAGAUGGAGCUCUUCGCAGAUGUCACGCCCAGGACUGCCGAGAACUUCCGACAGUUCUGCACUGGUGAGGCCAAAAAUGCCCGUGGUAAAUCUCAGGGCUACAAAGGGUCCAAGUUCCACCGUGUGAUCAAAGAAUUUAUGAUUCAAGGUGGUGACUUCAUCAAUGGUGAUGGAACUGGUAGCGCGAGCAUCUACGGCUCCGGCAAGUUCGCUGAUGAAAACUUCAAGAUCUCACAUGACGGCCCAGGCCUUUUGAGUAUGGCUAACUCUGGCCCCAACACCAAUGGCUGUCAGUUCUUCAUCACAACCACUGCCACACCAUUCCUCAACAACAAGCACGUGGUUUUCGGCCAGGUGAUUGAGGACAAGGACAAUGUCGUGCGUCGGAUUGAGAACACCAACACCAAGAGAGACAAGCCGAACCAGGAUGUUGUUAUUGCGCAGUGUGGCCAGAUCUGA